CGCGACGGUUUUCAGUUUAAUUUCGGCCACGGACCCAUCAUGAAGGCCUUUCAGUUGUUCUUUUUUCUGGUGGUUACGUUCUGCACAAGAUCUCAUCAGCUUUCCAAGCCCGAAGACCCCACUUACUGGGCGGCGGUUGUGGAGCACAGGGAAGUGGAGGGGGAAUCUCUCCGUAUACGCACUACUCUUGCCUCGGAGUCCUUUCAGGAGAUCAUCAGAAAUGCCAGUGAAGUGGAUAUCAUCGUAUUCCCCGAGCACGUCAUCAAUAGGCGGGCUACGGCCACUUUCGUGCCCGAUGGAUCCCAGAACAUAACCCCCUGUUACCAGACCGACUACGAGCUCUUCCUCAUCGAACUGUCCUGCUCGGCGAGAUCCGGUGGCCUCUAUGUGGUCAUCAACGUGGUGGAGAAGGAGCUCUGUGCGAACGGAGCUGGCUCCGAUACCAUUAAUCCGUGCCCCCCAACGGGAGUUAGGUUCUUCAACACCAACGUGGUGUUCGAUCGGAAGGGAAGAGUUAUCUCGAGAUAUAGGAAAACCCACUUGUGGCGCCACGAAUACGUGGAAAUGUCGGUGCUCCGUUCUCCCGAUGUAUCCACCUUCACUACCGAUUUCGGCGUGACCUUCGGGCACUUUAUCUGCUUCGAUAUGUUGUUCUACGAUCCCGCAAUGAAACUGGUAAGGGAACUGAACAUCACGGACAUAGUGUAUCCCACCUACUGGUUCUCGGAGCUGCCGUUUCUGGGAGCCGUCCAGCUUCAGGAGGGCUGGGCAUUUGCCAAUGAUGUCAACUUGUUGGCGGCGGAUGCCAGCGAGCCCAAAGGACGCACCACGGGAUCGGGGAUAUAUGCCGGUCGCGGGGGACUCGUGGCUGAGGUUUUCGAAGAGCCCACCACCAAGCUGUUGAUAUCGGAGGUCCCGAAGAGGGGGCGUGGUCAACUUGCCCCCGGUUUUACGCCACUCUUUACACCCCAAUUGAAGACCCAGAGACUGACGGGCGUGGCCACCUACAGGGACUACAAUGUGGAUAUAUUCGAAAGCGAGCUCCUGGCGGAGGACUUCCUGAGCUUCGAGAGGCGCUUGUGCCACAGAUCCUUCUGCUGCUCUUUUAGCAUCGAAAGGCAGGCCACACCAUCCAACGAGGAGAUUUCAAGUGCAUCCAGGUCCUAUCGCUAUAGAAUAGGCGUAUAUUACGGCAAUGAAACCACCGUGAUUCGAGUGGAUCGCACGGAGCAAGCCACCUGCGCCUUGUUCGCCUGCACGGGUGAGGAUGUCGCCAGCUGUGGCUACAUAUUCCCCGAGUUCGAGGAGGUCGUCAACAGGCACCACUUCACCAAGCUGAACAUUUCCGGCACAUUUCCGGCCGCUCCCCGUGGUCGUCGCUUGAUCAUGCCCAGCACCUUGAAUGCUCUCUUCCUGCCCGUUUCCGUUUCGGAGUUCGAUUGGACGGAGUCACCAAUUGCGGCGGACAACCCAGAUAAGCCUAUAUUUACGGAACUCAGCCUGUCGACUGGGCAGAACGACCUGCUGACCUUUGCCAUUUGGGCAAACUACUACACCGACUUGCCCAGCACUCACAACCUCGACUUCCUGCAGCCGAAUGCCACAGGUCCUUCUAACUCGGCCUCCACAGGGAUCUCUGCCUGCCAUGUUUUGUGGUUCUCAAGCGGCAUGUUGCUCUUAUUAACAAAGCAUCUUUUCGUUUGAACAUCACUUCUCGAAACGCAUUGCCUAAUGCAUUAUUUUGACAGCUUACAGUUUUCUUUUCCUCAGUUCAGAGCAACACAUUUGUUGUAUACUUCUAAGCUAUACAAGUUUCUUAAAUUUAAAUCCUACUUGGUCACACUAAUAUUGUUAAACAAAAAUAAAACCGUUAAAUUUUAGCAUCUUAAAUUUAGCAUCUUAUUUUAACAGCUUACAGUUUUCUUUUCCUCAGUUUAGAGCAACUCAUUUGUUGUAUACUUCUAAGGCAUACAAGUUUCUUAAAUUUAAAUCCCUUAGUUACU